AUGAGUUCUACUCCGAAAAAGAAGCCUAAAAAGCCAACACUACCUCCAAAUGAGAUGUUUCAUGCAAAACUUCCUCAUUACUCCAAUGAUCCAAUCCCAGAAGAGUUCAAAUUCCCUUCUUUCGAUUUAUACGUUAGACCAAUCAAAUAUGAGUUAGCUCCUGACCCUAUUUUCCUUAACGAGAGACUAGUUCCCUAUUACGAAGACAUUGUCAAUCAACUUACACCAGUGAUUAAUCAAUUACUGAGUGAUAUUCACACAUUAGAACAGAAAAUUACACAUAAAUUAGAUGAACAACCGAUAAAGUACAAAUUUAACUUCUUGAAUGCUGAUUUAUGGCGAAAAUUCAAUACAUUACUGGGAGAAUUUAACAAAAUUAAAAAUAAUUUACUGGUUUCACGACUUUCAAUUAUGGAGCGAAGAGUUGAGUUACUGAUGAGGAUCAAUAAUUUGGCAACAUAUCUUGCUGAACAUCCGAAAUAUUUUUAUAUUAAUAUAAUUCACGUGAAUCAAUCCUGGAAAUCACUUGAAUUCGAUUACUUAUCAUCGUUAUAUCUUCAGUUCAAGGCAAUAAAGCUAUCAAUAAGGGAUAUAGAGCAGCAAUUACCUUUCAUUCCUCAUCCAUUCUCAAAACCAGAAGAGAAUGUCGAUAUGUUCAAUCAUUUAAUACAAGACGCAAUCCAAACAGUCGAUCCAUUGACAGGAUAUAUCCCUGCUUCAGACACAUACGAUACAUUUUAUUUUUUCCUCACGUCAAGGCAUUCACCAGUUCGAUUUCCGAAAAAUUAUGACUGGAAACCCAUAAACUAUACCAAAUCCUUCAAUUACAUCAUGCAAAAACUUACAGAAUUCAGUAAUAUCCAACCAAAUACUCAAGAGUAUCAAAUCCUUCAAAGUUACACAUCCACAUACAUUUUUGAGAUGCUUUGUCUCAUAGACAGAAACAAUUCGAAGUGCCAAAAGCUUGACAACGCUUUUUACAAAAAUUCUCUUAAACCAGUUAAAAAAGUCAUUAAAAAUCCCAGUUAUCUAUCACCAGAUGAACAAGAAAUGACUCCUCCUCAGUUAUUUAAGAGCAUUACGAUGCUUUCUGGUCUAAUUGGAGAAUGUAUCACUGCAACCUUCGAAAGUAACCCAGUUGAUGUUUUGUUCCAUAUACAGAAGGCCAAUCUUGCAUUGAUACUUGAAUUAUUAAGGAGAACUAAGAAAUCAAUGGAAGAUCUCAAAAUUAGUCAAGAAUUGAAGUCAUUUUGGGAGCUACUUCUAUCAGCAACACAAUCAUCUGGUAUUUGCUCAACAAUUAAGUUUACAGAACAAUGGCUAAACAUUCAAUCAGUACCUGAUGAGUUUAAAAGUGCUGCAAAGGUUCCAUUGGAGUUAAUUAAUUGA